AUGAUUAUUAUAUUUUUAAGUUUUAUUUACUUUGGAAUUGCACAAACAAUGUAUGAGUUUGAUAGUGAUGCACUAGCAACAAAAGAUGAAAUGAUUGACAUUAUUCAAAAAUCAGCAACGUAUAUUGCUAAGUCAUAUCCAGUACAAGAGAUAAUUAAAAAAUUAUUUAAUGAUUCUGUGAUAGAAAUUAAACAAAAAUAUAUUUAUGGUUCAUAUAAAAAAUUAACAAACGUAGAACAUGAAGCAUUUAUGAAUAUUACCAAAGAAAUAAAUGAAACACUUAUUCAAAAGCCAGAAGUUGCUGAACAAUUUAGUACUGAAUUAGUAUAUGAUAUUAUUAAAUUAAGAAAUGGAGUUCACAAAGAUUCAGAAACAGCAACAUAUGAAGCUACAUUUUCACCACAAACAUACCAAUUAAAUGAAACAAGUUCAGAAGAUGCUAAAGGACAAUUUAAAUUAUUUGAAAGAAAAGUAUAUGAAUUUAAUACAAAAAUUAAAGAAGUAGAAGAUUUAAAUAAAACUGCAAUGAUCUCUUUUUAUGAUGGAAGAUAUGCAUUAAAUCAAUUGAGAAAAAAAACAGAACAAAGUUUUACAAAUGGACAAAAAAUAGAAGCUCGAACAGCUAAAACUACAUUAAUGAAAGCAGAAAGUAAAUUAUCAAAUGCAGAAACUGCUAAAAGUGCAUAUGAUGCAGUAAUUGAAGGAAUUAAAAUGAUGUGUGAUGAAAUUCAAAGAAAAGUUGAUGAAAUUAUUCAAAAGUUUAGUCCAUAUUAUAAAGAGUUAUUAAUAAAAUGUCUUAUUCCAAAAUAUAGAUAUAAAACUCGUCAAGAAGUUGGAUUAUUUACUAAUAUGACUUUAUACAAUACUGAAAUGACUGAAUUGGAAAAAGAAUGUCAUUUUCUUCCAAUAAACCAAACACAAAGAGAAUUAGACUAUCAAUGGGUAAUUGAAAGUAAUGUGAAUAAAACACAAAUUCUGUGGAGUUAA